UGCUCAUUCAACACUGUUGGCAGUCGGUCGCCAGUGUUGCGGCUAAACCGUUACUCGUAUUGUGGUGUGCUAGAUUGCUUUAUGGCGUUACUUACACGUGUGUUUGUAUUGGUUUUACUGUAUUUUUUUUAUUAAAUCGCGAGUGUCGCGUAUGAUUCUGUAAUGAUUUCGCGGUGUUGUACACGUUUUUAAUACUUCAAACAAUCUCCCACUGCGUAACGCGUGUGUUCUCUAUUAUAUAUUGUAUCAUAUAUUGAAUUUACGAUUAAUCGCGUGCCGAGCCGUCGAUAUGUCCGCACUUGGCGUGCAAGUAAACGAGGAAAUCAAGGAAGAGCGUCACACAAGUGAAUCCACAAGCUCCGAUGUCAGAGACACACAGUCGGAGACUUCGUCGAAGACAAGUGAAGAUGCGGACAGCAAUUGUACACAUAAUAGAAAGCACAAGUUGUCUUCUGAUCGAGAACGAGCGUCCAAGGUGGCUAGGCAUGACACCGAUAAGGACAUAUCCGCUAACGCAAGUGUUCCUUCGGAUCUGACGACAUCUGGGAAGAGCAAGACAGACGACGAUGCUUCGGAAUCAAACAAAAGCGUUGACCAUACCUCUUUAGUAGCUAAUCAUUACAACUCACUGGAAGAAAAAGGUCUACGGCAGAGGAAUCAAAGCCGAAUUGUGUAUAUGAGAAAUUUCAACAAUUGGAUCAAGAGCAUGCUCAUAAAUGAAUACAUGGGCAAAGUAAAACAGACUAAGAACCAUGGUGCCCCUUUGAGGGUAUUGGACAUGUGCUGCGGGAAGGGUGGCGAUCUACUCAAAUGGAAGAAGGCCAAUAUCACGCACCUGAUCUGCGCGGACAUAGCGGAAGUGUCCCUGGAGCAGUGUCAGCAGCGGUACAACGACAUGACCAGCAGAAGUUCCAACGACCGAGGUUUCGCUCCUAUUUAUACCGCAGAGUUCAUUACGGCAGAUUGUACAAAGGUUCGUUUGAGGGAGAAGUAUAAGGAUCCUAGCAUGCAGUUGGACUUCGUAAGUUGCCAAUUCGCGUUUCACUACAGCUUUGAGUCCUUAUCACAGGCGGAAUGCAUGCUGCGAAACGCUAGCGAGACCCUGAGGCCAGGGGGCUACUUCAUCGGCACCAUUCCGGACGCGUAUGAUUUAGUUUCCAGGUGGCAGAAGUGCGACGGUAAUAAGUUCGGCAACGACGUAUAUAGCAUCGACUUUUUAUGCGAAAAUAAAGAACAACCGCCACUUUUCGGCGCCAAGUAUAAUUUUCAUUUGGAGGGAGUGGUCGAUUGCCCGGAAUUCCUGGUGCACCUGCCCACGCUGCGUAAAUUGGCUCUGAAAAAUGGUCUCGACUUAGUGUCAUUUGAAAAGUUUGAUGUAUUUUACGAACGUUUCAAGAAUGAAGGCAAAUCCUUACUGGGUAAUAUGCAAGCGUUAGAGACUUAUCCGCCGUUCCACGAGGUACCGAUGCUCGGCAAUUUGGACCAGGAUUAUCAGCAUGCCAUUCAGUACAUGCAGAACUUGCCCGAUCAUCGCAAAAUCGGCACUCUUUCGCAGUCAGAAUGGGAUGUUACUUCGUUAUACGCCGUGUUCGCGUUCCGAAAGAUGAAGACAGUUUGGAAUAGCGAGGGGAAGCCAGAGUAUGUGGCAUGAAGUCUAUGUAAAACUCGUCAGAACAAUCAUUAUCAACAAAAAUAAAGAGAUAAAUCAUCAUAACAAAAUUAAUAAAGAAUAUUUGUUGAGUCGAUUUAACAAUCAGUCGAGAUGAUGGAAAACACUUAAUGAUAUAUUGUCGAUCGGCUGUUUUUAGCAUUUUAACUUCCGUUACUAAUUAUGUGAUAAACAAUUAAGACAACAAAUCUUUGUUUUGCCGCAACGACUGCCGCAAGACAGUACUGCAAGUGCAAAAUGCAAAUUUUUAAACAAAAAUUAGUGAUUUGACUUAUAUUUACAUAAUUUAUACUUAAAUAAUUUAUAUUCAUAUUUAAGAAUCUCACAAACUUUAUAUAAAUCGAUCGGAAAUAUUAUAUUUUCUUAAAAUAGAACACAUACGCAUAUGCGAUAUCGGCAUAAUUUGGCUAAUAAACAGUUUUUUCGUAACAAUAUGUUAAUAUCUUUGAAAAAGUGUAAUUUUCCAUAUUUCCGAGCUUUUUUAAAAUAUGCAAUUGUUGGUAUGUCAGAAUUUUCGAAUAAUCAGAUCUGCCCAAAUCAGAUAUAAUGCAGUCCUAAUAUUGUUAAAUAAAAUUCAAUUGUCAUAAUUUUCAGAACUUUGAUCCAAAAGAAAGUGUAUCAUUAUUCCUAUUACAUUUAAAAUACAGGAAAAUAAUGAUUCUCACCACUCAGAAAAGAUGUCAUUACUUCAAAAAUUCAGAAUAUUCAAUAAAAGAAAUUACUGUUCUAUACUCAUUGAAAUUAGUUGUAAAUCAUGUAAAUUUGUGAGUACCAACUUUUUUGUAUAUAUAAUGUUAUAUUUGUGUGAGUACAAACUUUUUUGUACAUAUAUAAUGUACAUGUAAUGUACAUAAUGUUAUAUCACAGAAUCAGAUCAAAUUUAAUUAUUAGACAUCUGCAGCACGCCAACAAUCGCAUAUUUCAAUGGGAUAUUUUAUAAGUAUAUUUCAAUGCUACCUGAACAUAUAGAAAAUUGAUCUUUUUAAAGAUAUUAACAUGUUCGAUGAUGAAAAAAACUCGCGUUCUGCUAAUUAAUAUAUCAUUGUAACAAAAUGGUGAUUCUACUUAAUUAUUUCUCUGUCAAAACAGAAAUGUGAAACUGUUUCUUUCUUGUUAAAUAUUCUGUAAUCUAAAUUUCCUAAGUGACUCUAUACACAAUGGGAAAAGUGUACUAUACACUUGAUCUCUUAUGUAAACCACAUUAUUAUAUUUAUACAUGUGUAGUAUACACACGCAAAACCUUCACAUAUAUUUACAUCAGAAACAUCAUCUCAUGCAAACGCAAUAAUUCCCAUAAAUUGCAUUUAGCAAAGGGGUGAUUUCGCGAUGAAAAUAAUUCGUCUGUAUUUUCAAUGUAACAAGAAUAAAGAUACAUUGUUUCGCGUCA